UUGCAGUGGUCGAGAAUUGAUUAAUUGCGGCGCAUGCCGAAAAGGGAAAAAAGGGAGGAUGUGUUUCAAUAAACGAGAGUGAAAACCGCGACGAACAAGUGACUGCUGCAUUCGGGAACAAAGAACUUACUAGGAAAAUAUGUGGCACAACGCCUAAAACUCGAAACUUCCUUCCUUGUUUUGCAGUUGGAACGAUUGCGUUGCAGCAGCAGCAGCAGCAACAACAAAAAACACAGCGGCAGCUAAAAAGUGAAGUUAACGGGAGUUGCUCUACCACAAAAAAAUCCAAACAGUAAGGAAUCGGGAGUUAAUUCAAGCAUGGCGGAUCCAGAGCGACAGAGUUUGAUCAACAAGGACGACGGAAACGGAUACAACUCGGUGGAUGCAGUGGACGAGGGAGGCGAUAAUCCGGGGAGCAGCUCAUCGGUGGCCACCAACGAGGACGGUAAUGGAGCACCGACAGCUGUGCCUUGCAUUGGACCCGAUGAGCUGCCGCCGCCGUAUCAGCAGAGCACCAACACCGGAGGCGUGCCGAUGGUCACCUGUCGGGUAUGUCAGCAAAUGAUUGACAUCACCACGAAGCGGGAGCAGCACGUGGUCAAGUGCACCCACUGCAAUGAGGCUACUCCCAUACGGAACGCUCCGCCGGGCAAGAAGUACGUUCGCUGUCCGUGCAACUGUUUGCUUAUCUGCAAAAGCUCCUCGCAGCGCAUCGCUUGUCCACGGCCCAAUUGCAAGAGGAUCAUUAACCUGGCCCCGAGUCCUGUCACCCCGCCCGUGCCCACCAUGCCGGGCAUGUGCCGCGUGACCUGUGGCCACUGUUCGGACACGUUUUUGUUUAACACGUAUCACAACGCAUUGGCCCGCUGUCCACACUGCAGGAAGGUCUCGUCGGUUGGCUCGCGCUUCGCCAACAGUCGCGGUGUUAUUUUCGCUGUUGUGGCGCUGGUAUUCCUCAUCACAGGCAUCGGCGUUACUAUCGGCACAUUCUCGACUGCUUCGAGCCACGGCGGCAUGUAUAUUCUCUAUGUGGCGCUGUUCGUGAUUGCGGGGUGCAUGCUGGCCCGCUCCGCCUACUAUUUCCGCCUUAAAGUGAGCGCCAUCGAUGGGCCAAUGUAAAGCUAAAGCACGGGGCCAUCAGCGAAGGAAGUGCAUUGUUUUAUUUUUAUAUAUAUAUAUUAUUCAUAUAUAUCAUUCCUUUUGAUAUUAAAUUUAACUAAACACAAGCAGCCAAUUCGCAGACGGAACAUCUGAACAUUUCUCCAGCAGUGCAGCUUUUUAAAACUCUUCAUUUCGAGGAAAACUAAUAGCAAAACCUAGCGAAAUUAUCGAAAGGAUGUCCCCGUUUAAAGUGAUUUUGAAAGGCAUAAUUAGGAUGUUAAGACCGUAACUAACUAAACUCUACUAAAAUCAAAUAUUUCGAGAGUCGCAGAAAUAGCUACCAUCAAAGUGCUAAAAGAGAAAACUCACAGAACUGUAGGCAGUCAUUAGUUAUUAGAUCAGCGACCGAUCAACUCAUUUAUAGAAUCGUCAGGCUCCCAUUUUAAAGAAUGUACAGUUUUGUUGUUUAAGUGUCCGAUUUGUUAUCCGUUUGUGCCUGUCCUGCAACUACAUAUUUUGGGUAUUUAUUCUUUACGUAUUCGUUGAUACGCUUUGAAUUUUGUGUUGCUAAGAAUUUAUUCAAUGCACUCUUCUCAGUUAACCGCCAAAGCAGAAGGGGAAAGCGUUUUGUUUUUGGCGUUAGAAAUAAUUUAAAGGGUAUGCUAACAGUGCUAAUGAAAAGGUACAUACAUACGCGCAUAUAUACCAUACAUACAUAAUUAUGAUGAAAAUAAACAAAGCAACACUUCUUGAACAACAGAGAACAAGCAACGCUCAUGCAGAAAACAACAAUUUAGACCGCAACUGCUAAACUGCGAAAUUAAAUAUAUAUAUGAUUAAAAGGAACGGUUUACUUUUGAAAUAUAUAUAUAUAUACAACAUUUAUAUUUAGUACAUUAUAAAUUAGCAUACAUACACUGUAAAUAAAAAGAAAUAAAACCACAA